CUAUAGAUUAGUCUGUGUUCCUACCUCAUCGUUAUUUCCUAUAAAAUAUCAACUAAAAAUCCUGUAGUUUAAGGUAUAACUUGUUGACACUUCAUUUUUAGUAGAUGUUCAAAAUUUUACUUGUGAAAUUCAAACUAAAAAUCAAAUACAAAGACUUGAUUUGAAUGCAAACGAGUAAAAUAGCCCAUAAUUAUCGUCGUCGGUGAUCUUUCAAUUUCAAUUUCACGCGAUCUUCUUCUCAACUCGUUGAUGUAAAUUUAAAGUAACGUCAUAACAGGUGUUUGCAUUUUAGAGGGGGAGGGAAAUUAUAAACCAAAAAAAUCAAACCCCAUGUUCUUUCAUCAACUGUUUAACCAAGAUAUGAAGUAAUUCAAUUCUCUCCAUCUUUGAUCAGACUUUCAGCCGCCGCCGGAAGUUGAAUCGUGGUGGCUGUGACCGGACGCCCGAUCGUCAGAUCUAACAAUGCUUUUGCUUCCCGGAAUUUUAUAAUUAAGGGUUAGGUUUCAAAUGAUGAAAAACGGGACAAUCGAGUGCAGCUUCUGCCAUUCCAAAUUGGUAAAUCCAUCUUCAAAAUCGAUCUCAAGGGCUUAUGAUAGGCGUCAGAGUAAACUCUCAAAGAAGCAUCGAGCUCUUAAUGUUCUCUUGGUAGUUGGUGACUGUAUGUUAGUUGGAUUACAGCCGAUUUUGGUGUACAUGUGUAAGGUGGAUGGGAAGUUCAAUUUUAGCCCCAUUAGUGUGAAUUUUUUGACAGAAGUUGCAAAGGUUAUCUUUGCACUUGUUAUGCUUUUAAUACAGGCUAGAAAUCAGAAGGUUGGAGAGAAGCCACUUCUUUCAGUCUCCAAUUUUGUACAGGCAGCUCGCAACAAUGUGCUUCUUGCCAUUCCUGCCCUUCUCUAUGCUAUCAAUAAUUAUCUUAAGUUCACAAUGCAGCUGUAUUUUAAUCCAGCAACUGUGAAAAUGUUGAGCAAUCUUAAGGUUUUGGUAAUUGCUGUUUUGUUGAAGAUGAUUAUGAAGCGAAGAUUUUCCAUAAUUCAGUGGGAAGCUCUUGCUCUUUUGCUUAUUGGAAUUAGCAUAAAUCAAUUGAGUUCUUCACCUAAGGGAACUACUUCAAUGGGUGUUUCAAUAUCAAUGGGUGCAUAUAUUUGCACAUUUAUUUUUGUAACUGUUCCAUCUAUGGCAUCAGUCUUCAAUGAAUAUGCACUCAAGAGUCAAUAUGACACAAGCAUUUAUCUUCAGAAUCUAUUCUUAUAUGGAUAUGGUGCAAUAUUCAACUUCCUAGGGAUCCUUGGAACUGUUGUAAUCAAAGGUCCUGAAAGCUUUGAUAUUCUUCACGGACAUUCAAAAGCCACCAUGUUUUUGAUAAUAAACAAUGCAGCACAAGGGGUAUUAUCGUCUUUUUUCUUCAAAUAUGCCGAUACAAUUUUGAAAAAAUAUUCCUCAACAGUUGCCACGAUCUUCACAGGCUUUGCAUCCGCAGCUUUAUUUGGACACACGCUUACUAUUAAUUUUAUUCUAGGAAUUUCCAUUGUUUUUAUAUCAAUGCAUCAGUUCUUUUCACCUCUUUCUAAAGUCAAAGAGGAAGAAGAUGGAGUGUUGAAGUUGGAAACGUUUAAGAAGAAUGAGAGGUCAAGGGAUUCGUCUUUUAUUAAUAUCGCGGCAGGGGCUAACGAUGAGGUUCUUCUUCGAGUUGGAUCUGAGGAAAGACAGCCACUUCUUCCUACUUGAAUUCAUAUAAAAAGUUUCUUGUUCAAAGUAUUUUUGUGGUGAGGAAGAAAAGAUAUAUGAAGAAAUAUAAUGAACGAUGAAAAUUGAAAUCCCAUUUAUUGUACCUUUUCAUGGGAUUUGAUUAGAAACUUGGUUUAUAGAGGUCAAAUACAAUAAAUAGUUUUCGAUUGAGAAAGAGUAAAAUAUCGGCUUUGUUUUGAGAAAAAUGUUUUGGCAACAUGUUUGUCAUAUUUAUGAGUCUAUUUUUUUAAAUGUUAAUAGUUAAUAGGGAUAAGAUCAUAAUUAGUUACUAAAAUUAUAAUUGUGUUCAUUU